CUGUACAAUUUAAUAUUUCACAUGAAAAAAAGUUUAAGUGUUCUUCAAAGGAGCAGAUGCGUACAAGUUACAACAUGCUCUAUUUCAAACCCAGAAAAAAAAAAAAAAAAAAAAGGUAAUAUGAUGGGGCAAUUAUCUCGAGACUCCAAAAAGGAGGAAAACAGGCUAGAGACUUGUGGUGCGGGGAGAGAUCAAAGACCGAUACCAUCACUUCUGUGGGCUAUAGGGAGCGGAUGGAAAGCAGCGCCGGCAGCAGUAGUGGGUUUUGGGCCCAAAUGCAUUAUCCAAUCACAAAUCCAACUAAUAAAAAGUAAAGAAAGUCGGAGGUGAGAUGUGACCUGUACACAACAAACAAAAAUCCUCUCGAAGCAUCUGAUGAAUGAUGAUGGCUCAUCUUUUCGAAGUUAAUGGUGAUUGUUCAUUUUCUAAGAUUUUAUUUGGGGUGAUCGAUGAAUCAUGAAAUGAUAGCUUAUCUACUACUAUAUCAUCAUGUCAUGCAGGUCUUACUUUGCCGGCAAUUGGAAAAUUGAGGAGAGGAAAAUUGGAAAAAUGUGCUUUGGGCAAACAAAAAACGAAAGAAAACUGAUGCUAGAAAUUAUAAAAGAAAGGAAAAGAUGUCAGCAUCUUCUUAUCAACAGUGAAUGAAGCCCACUUCACCUGACUGGUAGGUUUUACUUUACUUUAUUCCCGCCACUGUUGCAAAUAAUAAUAUAAUAAUAGCCAGCUUUAUAGCACUUACGACGACUGAGCUUCAGGCUAUAUAGACAUGAACAUCUAAUGCUUUCUCCCGGCCGUGCCAUCUCCGAUCAAUCCUUCCAACCACGCAAAAAAAUUAUUCCUCCUUCAUUGUUAUUAAUCUCCAAUUAUCUUUUGAUCCCUUUAGUCGCUAUACAUAUAUGUAGAUAAUAGUAAAAAAAAAAAAAGAAAUGAAGAGUUUUGCUUUUUCUUGCAUAGUUCUUGCAAUCCUUCCAUCGCUGAGCACAAGUUAUGCAUUGCCACCCCUAAAGAAAAGCAACCAUCAUAUUUUCAUGGUAAGGGAGAAAGUUAAUGACCUGAUAGAGAAUACCUGCAGGAACACCCCUGACUAUCAACUUUGCUUCUCAACUCUACUGUCCGAUCCUCGAAGCUUCGACGCAGAUACUUAUGGUCUGGGCCUCAUCAUAGUUGACGCACUCAAAGAUAAGGCAACCUCCGCGGUGAAUGCCAUCAACAGGCUUAAAGGCUCUAAUCCAGAAUUCAUCCGUCCCUUGAUCAAGUGCAGCAUCUCAUACAAUGCAAUCCUAAAAGCGGAUAUUCCAGAAGCAAUUGAAGGUUUGAGGAAAGGGGUUCCCAAAUUCGCCGAAUACGGCAUGGCUGACACUGCUGUAGAAGUUCAAGGAUGCGAGAAUAGUUUCAAGCAGUCCAACUCACCGCUCACUGACCUGAACAAACAGGUCUACGAUCUUUCCAUUGUAGCUAAAUCAAUCAUCAGGAUGCUGCUGUGAGGUCCGUCUCUGUUGUUUGUUCUUGAUAUUUAAUCCCACAGUCCUACGACAUACAUAUUCAAAGUUCUGCUGCCUAGGUGACAUUAAAACUGGAAGUUACCGCGUUACUGUAACAUAGUUGAUAGCACAAAAAAAAAAAAAAAAGAGUUGUUUUGGUCAUCGUCAUAGAUUUGCCUGUCCUCUGAUUCUCUGCCUUCCCUUGCCUUGCCUGAGAUUGUAAUAUGUAAUUUACAAAUAUGCUGUAGCUAUUGGUGCCUGAGACUUCUCCAUUUUCUUCCAGAAUAUAUAUACCGAAUUCGAGGCUUAAAUUUGUUUCAA